AUGAUCAAGCUCAGAGCAUUCACCAAGAAACUUUCUAGUGGGUUUGACGGUUCUCAUUCCCAAAACAAACGGUCCGUCUCAGACUACGACAGAAAACAUGAUUCUGCAAAAUCAACUCGCAGCAGCAUGCGGAGACGGGCUAUCUCUUCUACACGCAACAUCAACACAGAGCUGCCUCCUUUGCCAACUCAAGAGUUCACACUUUCUUCAGCUAGCACCGAUACCCACAACGCUACAAAUGGUUUAGAGACAAAUGGCAAGUUCUACGUGUACGACGCUCGCGCAUUUCGUGAUCCAAAGAAGGAAGAUCCGGUCGAUCCAACUUUUCACAUUUUCGAGAAGCCCAAUGGCAUUAACCCAACGUCGGCACGAGAAGUAAUCCACGCGCUGGUGCGUCAGUUUAAAGAUACCCUCAUACACGAUGCGUCUGGCGAAAACGACAAGAACAUCAAUAACAUAAAAGCUGCUAUGGAGAUUUUCAAGCCCAACUUGUCACAUUACGUCCCCCAUGAAAUCAAGGAAACCGCACUUAUUCUGGAGUCAUUUUUCCCACGCGACGGAUGCUCACUCAAGGGGGACGCAUUAACGUCCGAAAUCAAAAACAAGAUAAGCAGCUCCAAAAGUAAGCUUAUUCUGUCUCUCCGCAUCAUCUGGUCACAGCUGCCACGCGGGAUCAUUCCAUGGGAAUGUUACCUCAAAUUUUGCACUGUGGAAUCUAAGCAGAACUUUUCCAAACUCUGUUUCCAUAAUUUUAUGCCCCAAGUCCUCCCAGACGCAGACUACAAGCGUUGUGCGUUUGACUUCAUGGAAAUGCUGGUAGCUAUAAUCUCGAAAGUGGACCUGGUGGUUGACAAAGUCGCUCAAAUGGACUUAUUGUUCACAGCCGCGCAAGUGUGCUUCGUGAAAACCCCUGAGCUUCUCAACUACAUUAGUCGCAAAUCAGACCAAGAGAACGACUGCAUUACACUAGCAAAACUUUAUCGUGCUCGCGGUGAAGCUCUUUACAGAUUAUUUGUAUCGUUUCUCAACUCUCUUGCUGAAGAGGGACAGAUAAAGGAUUUCUAUCUGAUUGAUAAUUUCCGCAUCAGCGAGUACCCACCUAAGCCUUACAAGCCUUUGACUCAGCGCGCAUUGACUAUAACAGUCCCACAGCUUUGGAGCCAAAAUAUCAAUAAUUUUAACGAGCUCAUACGAGUAGCAGCCAAGGCGCAAACGCGAACGUAUUCUUCUGACCACACAUUCUCCAAGCUCGAAAACUCGUUUCUGGACAAAUUUGAAGAAGAUCCUUAUAAAGUGGUGAACACUUUGUUCUCAAGAUCGUCUAAGCGUUAUUUAGACAAAUUUGACCCACACUUUGACGUUGACUUUUUUAAAACGUUGAACAAGAAGAAUGAUAGAUAUUCCACCUUAGGACCUGGCGAUCAAGCUCCUGUUGCGACCUGGAUUAAUUCAUGUAAAGAACGUGGGUUCAACGAUUUUCUGUCUGUCCUCGACGACAAUAACCAUGGAGAGGGCACCUUAGCCUUGGGUUUCAGUUUCCCCAAACCAGUAGCGGAGGACAUCGAGGUACUACCUCCUGUGCGGAUCUCCAAAGUGGACAUUUCUGAAUGCUUUAUCUCAUCUUGGAAAUACGAAACUUUUCUGGGUAAAGUUCACAAUACCUUGGUUAUAAAAAUGACUAAACGAGUCGGCGAUUGCGAAUGGCUAGUGAUAGCUAUGGAUGAAAGAACUGACAAAUAUGGUUACACGGCACCUAUUAAAUUGACCGAGCCAAGCAUUGUUAAGACCCCACCUUCAGCCUCCAAGAACAGCAGAAAGUUUCACACACUCUCGCCCAGCUUAUCAUCUAUCAAAUCUAGACCGCCUCCACCGAGCCUUCUCGGGGAACCAUCGUCUUCACCAUUACUUGAUUCAGCGAACCCUGUAUUCUCGGAACGUUCGAGUUUGGGCAUGAGCUCAAGGCCCUCUUCCGAAUUCAACACUUCCUCCGUACACGGUAAAACCCACCUAAAAGAGAAUUCUUCUGACCUGAAGAAAGAUGUUCAUAUUGUUGAGUCUCCCCUUCAGCAGUCUUCACCGAGGCAUACCUACACUACUCUGAGCUCAAGUUCACCAAGAGGAGUUACAUCCAGCAAUAGCUCCCCAAGCAAUAAACAGUCCUUGAGUCCUAUGGUAGAGUCUAUAACCAUAAAAAAGAGUGCAAUGGAGGUUGUACAAGGGGAUUCAAGAGCCAGUGCAAACAAGGCAGAGCAGAAUGUUCAGCCAGUAGAAAUGGUUUCAAGUCUAAAUGAGAUUGAAAAUGUCAACGCGGGCGUUACGACAUUAGAAAACUUAGCAGACUCGUUUGAAAACGACAAGAGUUCUGUCAAGUCGGAAAUCUCCAUCAAUGAGGAUGCUUCUGUUAUAAAGCAGGGUCCAAAUGUGACAAAAAGUGCAGACCAGGCGAAGGAAAACCUAUCCCCUGAGAAGGAAGACAGUGACCAAAAAGAACAAGUUUCUGACAGGAUUUCGCUAGAUGUUAGUGAACCUAAAUCGCAGGAACCUGUUCUAACAAACACAGCAAAUCAAGAUGAUCUAAAAUCACAAAUACCUGCGACUUUAGUAACUGAAAGUGGUAUCACAUCGCAAAUACCUACUGCGACUCAUACAGCUCAGGAGAACAACCUCGAAUCACCAAUUCUGACCAAGGACAGCGUCCCGCAAGAAAUCGAGGUGGUCUCAACUCCAAUUAACAAGGAUUUUUCAGCAAGUGCCCCGAAGAUGCCAACGAAAGUGCAAAAUCCAUCAAUUGCGUCUUUCGGAGAUGUGACAGUUAUUCCUCAAACUAAUAACUCCGCAGUAGACACAACUGAGACUACCCAGAUAAGCGCGGACAACGCAAAGGAGAGCAGCAACGGGAUAUACAACAAUUCUAUCCAGAAACGCAAUUCAAAAAUCUUGCAGGAACUUCGCAAGAGUAAAUUUUUUAACGACGAUGAACUUACAGAGGAUUUACUUAGCGAUCUCCUGGAAAACUACAACACGCUUAGUACAGAGCCAAUAAACUGUGAAAACGGGCCUACCGUCUUUGAACGAGUCAAGGUCUAUUUUGAGCGCGAAGGAUGCGAAACGGGUGCCACACAAGAGCAAAAUGGCAACGAGGAUGAAGAAGACGGGGAAAGCCCCAUUACACAAUUUUCCAAGACUGGAUCUAUCAAUUCGAAAAGCGGUACCUGGUUCAGUUGUAAUGUGACACCCCCCAACCAGAACAGCAAGAAAAUCAGAAACCCAAAAAAGUUGCAGCUAGCGUCCGUACGGAAACAAGGUUCGCAGAGCACAGCCCACAGUGGACUUGACGACGAAGAUGAGUUGUUCUGCAGCACCACCAGCGAUACGAGCGAUGUACCUGAUAGCAAUGGAGUUUGGCUGGAGGUGCGGAGCAAGCCAUCUUCCCCUGUGGAGCUAAAUAGUCCGACUCAAGUCAUGUUUAAGAAUGUGAUGAUGCGAACAAAACGGAGUCUAAGAAGUUUGAAGGCGAAUCACUGA